AUGCUUACAGCUUUAACUGAGGUAAUAACACAACAACAGCGUCAACAACCUUUACCUCCUCCACCUCCACGGGUACCAGUUGAACCGGGCAACAAUGACAUUAUCAAUCUGACUCAAAAGUUUAUGAAAAUGAAACAGCUGACCUUUCUUGGUGGAAUUGAAUCGUUAAAGGCUGAAGUGUGGUUGUUGGAAAUGGAGAAGUUGUUUGAAGUAUUUCCUUGUUCCGAGGUUCAGAAAGUUCUUUUGGCAAUCUACACUCUGAAAGAUAAAGCCCGGAGAUGGUGGUUGUUGGUUCGAAAUAACAACGGGGACAUGACAUGGGCACAAUUCAAUGAGAUAUUCUACAACAAAUACUUUCCCAAAUGCUUCAGGGACCGAAAAGUUUCUGAAUUCCAAGAACUCAAACAAGACAGAAUGUCUGUGGCCGAAUAUGAAGCUAAGUUUACUGAAUUAGUUCGUUUUGCUCCGCACAUGGUAGACACUGAUUACAAGAAAGCGCGAAAGUUCGAGGGAGGACUAGAGCUGGAAGUAUUUGAUCGAGUAGGUGUCUUGAAAUUGCCUACUUAUGUAGAAGUGCUCGACAGGGCAUUGAUAGCAGAAGCCAUAAUAGCAGCUAAGAAACAAACUACAACUCCAACAACUGAAUGGAAAGGAAAGAGGGCCGGAUUUAAUUUCAAGAAGGGUCGAUCAUUUUUGAAGAAGCAAAAUACAGGAUCUGCCAGUAGCCCUAGUCAAAGGAGCGGAUCUACUCCAAAUUGCCCCGACUGCGGGAAGAAGCACAAAGGUGCAUGUUACCGCAUAUCAGGUGUGUGUUUUCAAUGUGGCAAGACUGGCCACAUGGUUAGGGAUUGCCCGAUGAGAUCCAAUGAGGUUAGCCGUCCUGUGGCAAGUUCAAUCGGGUCUGUUUCUGCAUCAAGAUCAAAUGCAAGAACCAAUGCUAGAGGUGACACUAAUAAUGAAACGUUGAGGCAAGGGAAAGUGUUCGCACUUAUACCCAGAGAUGUACAGAACACCGAGUCUGUGGUGUCAGGUAUAAUUUCCAUUUGUGCCCAGAGUGCAUAUGUCUUGAUAGAUUCUGGUUCUACACACUCGUUUGUGUUGCAUGCCUUUUCUCGAAAACUAACUAGACCUUUAGAAUCCAUGAAUUAUUUAUUAUCUGUAUCUAUGCCAUCUGGAGAUUCUAUGGUAUGGACUGGUUGA